UCACUCACUGGGGAUGCUGUAUAAAUGUAUCAAGGUUACAUCUAUACAUAUCGAGUGUCCCAGACAGAAACAGGUUCUUGGAGUGCUGAGACAGCACCUGGGGUACAUAAAAGAUAUUUCCGGAAAGUAAAAAAUCUCAUUUCAGCGUUUCAGAAGCCAGAUCAAGGCAUCGUGACACCUCUGCAGUAUCCAGUUGAAAAGUCCUCUGCCAGGGGCCCACAAGCUCCCACAGGGAGAAGAGAUUCUGAUAUCUGUCUGAAUGCACCAUGAAGAAGAGUAACUCUCUCUGUACUCUAUUUUCAAUAAUUUAAGUAUGUGCCAAGUCUUGUAUAUUGUAGAUAGUACAGUUCAGCGAGCUGCAAAUGCCUUUUAAGCAUGACUCUAUUCCUGUAAUAGCAUCUCGCCUGAUGUCAAAGCUGCAAGUGGACGUGGUAGAUAACAAGUGCUUUAAAGUGCGGAUUGGAAAACAGAAUCCCUUAGGGUAUUUUUAGUUGCCGUAUUUACAAAUGAGAAACAAUUUAAAAGCACAAUGAAGACUUUACACAAGAUUAAUGUUGAUUCUUGCCAAAUGUAAAUAAAAAUGAUCUCUUUUUU